ACCCUUCUGACCUACUUGCUGUUUGCCACAACACUGUCUAUUUUGGGUUGUUAGCUCAGAGGGCCUCAGCAGUGGAGGGGGUAAAUAUCUUUGUCUCGCAAUCGCUCAGACCCUCUCUGAACGAACAACUCGGCAACAUCAACAACGCAUGGACAUUUACUUGUCUGUUUAGAACGAAGAUAACAGGAGCUGAUGACUAUGAGACAAUCUCCUGACCAAGUGUUCAGAGUGCAUAAAACUUCAUAAAUUUGUAAAUAUUGUUGUAACUAAAAAGUUGAGGCAAAAUGGAUCUUUCAUCUAAACAUGGACUGGUGCUGCUGAACCAGCUGAGGAAGAUGAGGGAGAGUGAGCAUCUGACAGACGUGGUGCUGGUUGCUGAGGGCAUCAGCUUUCCCUGUCACCGGGUCGUUCUAUCCGCCUUUAGCCCAUACUUCCACGUAAUGUUCACGUGCGGCCUGCGUGAGUGCCACACCAGAGAAAUAUUUCUGCGUGACACCCCUGCAGACAGCCUGGCCCUCCUCUUGGACUACAUGUACUGCUCAGAUCUUCCUCUCACUAACGCCAAUGUACAAGGCAUCUCUAUAGCAGCUUUUCUUCUGCAGAUGGACGAUGUCUUCAGUCGCUGCCGGCUGCACAUGACCGAGAACAUGGAUGCCUCCAACUGCCUCGGUGUGUAUUACUUUGCCCGUGAUCUCGGUGCUGAGGAUUUGGCUGACCAUGCUCAGCUCUUCCUGAGGCAGCACUUUGUCCAAGUCUGCCAAAAUGAGGAGGUCCUGGAGCUGGAGGCCCAUCAGCUGGGAAAGCUGUUGACCUCUGAUGACCUUAAUAUUUCACGAGAAGAGACCAUCCUGGAUGUGGUGCUUCGCUGGGUCAAACACUGCACUCUGAUGGAUGGAGAGGUUCGUAACCUGCACCUUCCAGCGCUCCUGAGGAAGGUCCGUCUGCCACUGAUAAACCCUGACUAUUUAAGAGAGGCGAUGAAGAGGAACACGGCCCUGCUAUCUGAUGCUGAAUGUCUAGAGAUGCUCAAUCAAGCCAUGGAUGCCACAGCGAUGCAUCCCUCAGCUGCACCACGCAAACUAAAGCUGCGCUACGGCAUGGAGACAACAGAUCUGCUGCUUUGUCUUGGAAACGACAGUGGUGGGAUUAGAUCACGAUAUGGCAACUAUACUGAACGUAGCUUCUGCUAUGCCCCAUCCACAGGCCAAACCUACUACAUCACUUCACCUCGCUAUGCAGAGGCUCUGGGGUACGUGUGUGCCGGGGUUGUAACUGAAAGAAAUGACAUUAUAGUGGCAGGAGAGGCAGGUGCACGCAGACUGGCCCGACAGAAGGACAUGAAUGUUGAGAUUUACAGGUACAAAGUAGAGGCCCAAGGAAGUUGGGAGUGUCUGACCUCAGCGGAGUACCGUGAUUCAUACGCUCUGGCGUCACUGGGUGACACUCUGUACCUGCUGGGUGGGCAGAUGAAGCUGAAGAACCAGUUUCUCAUAACCAACUGUGUGGAGCGAUGGUCUCUGCAAGGAGGACCGUGGCGCAGUGCGGCCCCCCUGCCUAUGCCUUUAGCCUAUCAUAGCGUGGUCGGGAUGAAAGAGCGCCUUUAUGUGAUAGGUGGUCGAACACCACAGUCACACCGGACGGAUGAUGAGCCUGACCGUCUUAGUAACCGCCUCCUGGAGUAUGAUUCAAACACAAAUAAGUGGACGGAGCUCGGCCCCAUGAAGUACUCAAAGUACCGCUGCAGUGCUGUUGCACUCAAUGGUGAAAUCUUUGUGAUGGGAGGUAUUGGAUGCAUGGGUGUGGACCGUGGGCAAUCACGCCACUGCCUCGAUGCUGUGGAGAUCUACAACCCAGAUGAGAAUAACUGGAGGGAUGGACCUCCUCUUCCAUUUGCACAACUCUCCCUGCGCACAAAUGCCUCCAACGCAGGAGUGGUGGGAGGCAAGAUCUAUGUGUGUGGAUACUACAAAGGAGCAGAUCGUCAUGAUGAUAUAACAAAGGACAUUUUGGAGCUGGACCCAUGGGAGAGCCGGUGGACAGUGGUGGCUCGGCACGCUCUGAUGCAUGACAACUAUGACGUCUGCUUAGUGGCAAAUCUCAACCCAAGGGCACUCAUGUCUCCACCUGCAGACUUAGUUAAACAGUGACACCCCUGUUGAAUGAGGUCAAUGUCUGAGUGGAAGAAUUAGCGAAGGAAAUUAAUUAUUAAUGCACUUAUUGCUGGGCCAAAGGCAUUAAUUUGUUCCUGCAUGAAAGAGGAUCUGCAGUUAAUAGUUUGCAUGCUGCUAUGAGACAUUCUCAUGUUAAUGAGAAUAGAAAGAUCAUUUGUAAAUACACUAUUUGUAAUUUUUUAUCUUAUUGUGAAACACCUGCAGAUUUUGAUCACCUGAAACCUGCAGCUGUGUGGCGCACAGAAUUAUCAGCAACACCAGGAAAUAAUUUCCUUCGACAUUAAACAGACAAAUAUAUAGUUACAUAUUCAACUAACAACUAUUUUCAUUAUCGAUUAAUCUGCAAAUUAUUUUCUUGGUUAAGGUCCUGUCACACAUAUCCGUAGGACAGAAACGUAUGCCGGCGCAUACAAAAA